AUGACCCACACCCCAGCGAAAAGCGCAUCGGCAGCAGAGACGACCGCUGCCGAAGUGCCGAACACUUCACCAGCCACACCGCGGAGCAACAUCUUGCUCCAGGCUCCGCUGCCUUCCGUCGUCGACAUGCUGCGCCAGCUCACGGAAGAGAUGCGAGUGUUUAAGCGGGACCUGACGGAAUUGCAGACGGUCAAACGCCGACGAGGCAGGAGCCGCCAAGGAAGUGAAUCCCGUGGGCGCCUCCAAGGACGUGGGAGUCUACGCAACGGCCCUCCGGUACCGCAUGACUCAGAACUCUGCUGGUACCACAAUCGCUUCGGCGAUAACGCCACUCGCUGUCGCGAACCUUGUAAGAAGGCCGGCAGUACUACGACAGGUGAGGAACGCCAGUCGAGGCAGGGAGCUCGAGUUGUCGCACACACUCGCUCCCACGCCGCACCUCGGCUGUGUAUCAGAGAUUUCGAGUCAGGAACAUCCUUCCUGAUCGACAGCGGCGCCGAAUUAUCACUCGUGCCGCGCGACCGCCGACUCAAGAACAUCAAGCCAACCGAGGUAACGCUCGUGGCUGCUAACGGCACUCGGAUACCCGUGUUUGGCGAGGUUACCAUGAAAAUCAACUUGGGCCUGCGCCGAGCAUUCAUUUGGACGUUUAUCAUCGCCGACGUCAACACAGCCAUUAUAGGAGCCGACUUCCUGGUCCACUACGACCUCCUGGUGGAUCUGAAACGCAAAAGACCGCGACCCUUAACGGAAAAAAGGUGUUCGCGAAGGUCGACCUGA